UCGCGAGUAGAUUCCAUAUUUGGUGGCAUUUGGUUGUCGCGAUGAGUUCGCCAGCCACAGCGAAGUACCGAACGCAAAAUUUAGGUACCUUGACUUGGUUCUCUCUGCAUCUACCAUGUUCUUGUAUUCUACGGCCCACCAGUUGCCAGCAUGGAGCUAUUUGGGGUGAUUUGAUACAAGGGUUGAGGACUUUGGUGUUUGGUUCAGAAUGGAAAGGCCUGUAUCUUCCGUUCCAAGCACCGAGGUCUCCGUAGUGAUCAUCACUUGCUAUCAACUGCCUGUCCAGUGGUGAUGCCACCACUAGUAGUGCCUUCACCUCACCGCGUUGCUGCUUCGUUUUCUUCAACACAGGACCGUUCUCCCACAGAUGAGGUGUCCUGCAUUCCGUUGCUACCGUAUGUUUUCAGAUUUUACGGUCCUUUCAAGUGAUUUAACAGGCAUUUUGAUUGGAACGAUGAACUGCUCUGCCAUCCUGGUCAUCUUGAGCAGUGAGCAUGGAGGUGGUCUUGGUGGAGGACUUGCUGCUGUGGAGGCGCUCGUGACAAUUACCGUCACCCCCAACAUCACUACAGGUAGGAAAACGUGCAACUCUUCAACCCACCACCACUUCCGCUGCAGUACCGAAGGAGACAAACAACUAUACCUCGGAGGGAACUACGUAAAGUCCAGCCUUCUCCAAAUGAACUUUCAUACUGGGACCGGCGAAUGUGAGAAGGGAUACUUUGUUCUAUUUGGCGUUACUCAAACCAUCGGGCGUUCAAAGUCCAACAUUCAAUACUACAGUCAAUGGUCGCAGAAACGGGUAUCUCAGCCCUUUCCCAAUGCUCUACGCAAGUGACUAUGGAUAUUUUUGAAUCUGUUCUCACUCACUCAAGUACUGCCUGAGUGGAUAUGUGUGCCAUACCAAUUCAACCCGGAACAGAAAUCGAUUGAGCCUUGAUGUAAAAAGACUCAUGGUUGGGAUACUGUAAGACCAUGUGUCCUGAUCAAUAGUCAAUGUGGAUCGUAAAUGCAAGUUGAAGGGUCAAGGUGAGUUUUGGCUACUGUAACGAGUGAGAAUGAAAGUGACAGCCAUGUUGAUGGUCGCAUUUAAGAAGGCAUAAGAGCUUGAGUAGGUUGCCCAUUGGUAUCAGGUAAGUGAGAAUUAUCAACCUAUAUCAUAGUGUCGUUACCCAAUUGUUAUCGAUUUACAGCUAUUUUCAUAUCGAUAGAAUUCGCUUAGUCGCUUUUGUUUAUUAUUGGAGCGACAGCAAACGUUUAACAGAAGCGCUCAUGCUAGCUACUU